UCAUUUCAGUUGACAAGCAUCAGAUAUUUUAUAACGUUAAAUGUAAAAGAUGCCAAGACAGCAGACCUGAUUCUAUGCUUAUUGAAAAUUCCUAUCUUUUUCACUGAAAAUUUGAUGAAAUGAAGCUUUGUGGCUUAUGAAUUGUCAAUUUGGCAUUGUUUUGGCAUCAAUUUUUUUCAAUAAAGUUCAAAUUUCUGUACUCCUCACUUAAUGUGAAAAGAAUUUAGAGUUGAAAAAGUAGAAUGUGUGAAGUUUCACUGUGUGAAGAAGUCAAACUUUAAAGUAAUAACUGAUGGCACCUACAGAAGGAUUACCGCCCGUGAGGCUCGCCGAUUACGUGGUGUGUGAGAAGAUAGGCUCAGGUGGCUAUGCCGAUGUCUACCGAGCCUACAGGAAGCCACCUGCGACGAAAGAAUUUGUUGCAAUCAAAGCUGUUCUCCGCAGUAAUCUCUCGUCUUCAGCGACUGAUAGUCUAAUUACAGAGAUCCGGCUUCUAAAAUCGCUGAAGCAUGAUCAUAUCGUCCAGCUCAUCGACUUCCUUUGUGAUGAGAAUUACGUGUAUAUUUUGAUGGAGUAUUGUGGUGGUGGGGAUUUGUCUCAUUUUAUCAAGAGUCGUCAUAGGUUGCCUGAGAUAGCCUGUCAACGUUUCCUGCAACAGUUGGCUUCUGCUCUCGAGUACAUGCGAGAGCAAAAAGUAAGUCAUUUCGACUUGAAGCCUCAAAAUAUUCUACUUACGUCAAGAAAAAAUCCAGUUGUAAAAAUUGCCGACUUCGGUCUGGCCCAGCAUCUCUCAGAGUCCGAAAUUGUGUCGAAAAUUAAAGGGAGUCCAUUAUACAUGGCUCCUGAGAUAUUGCUUCAUAAAAAAUACGAUGCCAAAGUUGACCUGUGGUCUGUAGGCGUGAUUCUCUACGAAUGUCUGUUCGGCAAAGCUCCUUACUCCUCAGCUUCCAUGGAGGAGCUCAUACAACGAAUAAAGUCAGACGUACCUAUUAAAAUACCUUCUCAGGCGUGCAUAUCGAGAGAGUGCGAGGAUCUUCUGAUGCGGUGUCUAGAACGCGACCCCCAGAAGCGCAUUGAUUUCGAAGAUUUUUUCCAGCAUUCAUUUGUGGAUCUGGAGCACAGGCCUAAGGCUGACAGUUGCGAAAAGGCGAGAAGCCUUGUGGUGAAGGCCGUCGAACACGACCAGAAGCAUGAAUAUAAGGAAGCUUUGGACCUGUACGUUGAGAGUUUGCGCUAUCUCGUGCCCGCCAUCCACAUUGAAACCGACGCUAGUCGGAAAUUAGCCAUGAGGAAAUCCGCGAAGCAAUAUCUAGACCGGACCGACCAGCUCAAAAAGCUUCUAUCGGACUCUGGCCCGCCGACAGUUGACGCUCCCACAGUUGGAGGUCCAACACUCGCAAGCAUUUUUGUUCAUAAUGAAGCGAGAAAUUUUUCAACUGAUUUUCUGCCCAAUACAAUUUCUGCUGGAGAAUGGAUCAUACAUCAACAGAAUGUCCUGGAGCUAUCGGCGCUCGCUGCCACCACCGCAACCAUGUUGGGCGCCAUCGACAUCGCCAAGUCCGCGGAACUGUACGAGCAAGAAGGCAGCAAUUCCAUAGCAAUCGAAAAGUAUGAACUAGCGCUGGGAAAGCUGCUGAGCUUAUCACAAAACGAGCCACACGGCAGAAGAAGGGAAUUGUUGCUUGAAGUCAUCCAGCAUUGGUUGAAACGUGCCGAACUCAUCAAGGACGUGCUAGAUGCUGCAAAGGUACGAACCAAUGGCGCUGCUGCUACGAUUCAAGCCAAAGAUCUAACGUUAAUUUCUGAUUCAUCGAAAAAGAAGAGCCCGUUGCGUGGAAAACUUACGAAGCUUAUAGCCCGAAAGGAAUCAGCGGCAGCUUCUAAGUCAAAGGAGCCUUCAUCGCCGCCGGCAUCAAUUGGUCCACAAGCGACGGGGCAGCUGCUUUUAGAAUCGGAUUACGAAAAAAGUUGUGCGAUACAAUGACUAUUAAUGAGUGGAGUUUUAGCGCUGACAAGCUUGGUGAUCUCUUUAUUUCUGAAACAUUUUCAUCUCGGCCUAGUGGGGCCAGACGUCAAUUGAGAUGUCAAUUCUCAAGCCGUUGAUGAUUUGUUCAAGAGAUACGACGUCAGCGCUCAAUGUCGCUCCAUAUAUUACUUUUAUGCGCAUUUUUUAGGUUUGUUACAGCACAUCGCAAUGUCUCCAGUGGCAAGUUAUGCAACUGACAUAGAAAUUUCAGUACUUUUUUUAAGAACUCACUCUUGACGUUCUGGUUAUCAGCGGAGUUAGAAGUAAACUUCUUAUAAUUUUUUUAAAUGUGCUUGGUAUCCAUGGUUUAAUGUUCAGGGACGUUGUGAAGCAACAUUAGGAGGGAUAUCCAUAUUUUAAUCUUAUCUCAUAAAAAUUCAUUCAGUCAUUUCUUGCUCAAGUGUCGUCAUAUACACAUGGAUUUAAAGCAGUUCACUUUAUUGACAUCUGAAUAAUUUUGUUAAUUCUCUGGUGCCCUAGAUGAUGGAGCUUUUCAUUAAAUUGAUAAAUGUUCCCUGGAGCCCAGUACUUAGUAUUAGUUACCUUAUUGAGACCCAAUUCAUAUAUCAACCGACGCUCACUAGUCAACAGAAACUGUAAAGAGCGCUUUAUAGCCAGCAUUUUUAUACUA